AUGGAGUCCAAAACCGGCAACGGAUUAUGGACGAAAGCAGCUAGCGUCACCUUCCUGGUUGUUUUGGUUCAGGUGAUUACUGCAAACUUUCCGAUCGGGAAGGAAAACAGAAGGCGGAUUCAACAUGCUUUAACAGGACAUCUGAUGGUUCAAGUCUCCUACAUCAUCCCCCCGAGUGUGGCAAUCGGUCUUUGUCUAUUAGGCGCUGGUGGCAUGUAUUCUCUUCUCAAAUUCUCACCAGAUGAAUUUCGAAGAAUAUUUGGCGAGUUGCUGCGAAAGGAAGAAUUUGAGGGAGAGCAGCUGCCUGGAGCCUUUUAUUUUCUACUUGGAACUGCAUCCACAGUCGCUGUUGCAAAGGACAUCAAUACAGCUCGAUACGCAGUGGAAUGCCUUGCAAUAGCCGAUCCACUUGCCUCUUGGGUUGGGUCGAACAUCUCAUCUCUCAAGCUGAACGCAAACUCUUCCCUGUCUGGAUGCUUGGCAUGUUUUGUAGGGGCUUGGUGCGUUGGGUACCUGAUGUUGACUCACGACACAUAUGUACUCAGCAUUGGAGCCUUAGUUUGUUCGAUGGCAGAGGCUAUCGAUAUUGGAAAUGAUAAUUUCAGUGUUCCAGUCUUGACAGCAUUGGCUGUCGAGAAUCUUGUGUAA